AAUAUGUCAAGCGGUAGUCAAAAUCAAUUCUUGGCACAUUUGGUCAUUCAAAUAAAAAUUUCAUGGAAAACAGUUGGUUGCUGACUUGCAUUAAAUACAUAUGUUGAAACUGCACACGGGGAUCAACUCUGGAAACAGUAUAUAUAUGAGGGUGUAUUCUGAUCUUGGAGGAUCAUUCAAGUGAUCAGAGUUCAGUAUAAUAUACACUGAGAUUCUGAAUAGUAUUACUUAUAGGAAAGAUGGUGAGUGGGGGGAUAAAUAGAAUGAGAGUUUCUUUGACGGUUUUCUGUUUUAAUGUUUUCUUGGUGAGUUUGGUUAUUGCGAGAGAUCUUAAUGUUGUUAAUGAUGAGAAACCCAUUUUAGAUGCUGUUGCUAAAGAUGACCUUGGGGCUGGGCUUGGUGCUGGCGGGGGAUUUGGAGGUGGCAUUGGGGGUGGUGGCGGGAUUGGAGCUGGUGGAGGGUUUGGUGGCGGAGGUGGUAUAGGUGGUGGUGCUGGUGGUGGAUUUGGCACAGGUUGGGGGUUAGGACUUGGUGGUGGCGGUGGCUUUGGAAUUGGUGGUGGAGGAGGUGGAGGAAUUGGUGGCGGAGCUGGUGGUGGCUUUGGCGGAGGUAUUGGUGGUGGAGCUGGUGGUGGCAUCGCGGGAGGCGGUGGAAUUGGAGGAGGAGGUGGCAUUGGAGGAGGUGCUGGUGGCGGAAUAGGUGGAGGAGCUGGAGGUGGUGCGGGAGCCGGUGGUGCCAUUGGAGGCACAGCUGGAGGAGGAGCUGGCGGAGGAGCAGGAGGAGGUGGUGGAGCCGGAGGAGCAGGAGCUGGUGGUGGUGCAGGUGCUGGUGGUGGAGCUGGAGGAGCCGCUGGUGGUGCAGCAGGAGGAGCUGGUGGAGGUGGUGGAGCCGGAGGUGGCGGUGGAAUUGGUGGUAUUGGAGGCGGAGCUGGUGGCGGUAAAGGAGGUGGAAUUGGGGGAGCUGCUGGUGGUGCAGCAGGUGGAGCUGGUGGAGGCGGUGGAGCUGGAGGUGGCGGUGGAAUUGGUGGCAUUGGAGGCGGAGCUGGUGGCGGUAAAGGAGGGGGAAUUGGAGGAGCUGCUGGUGGUGCAGCAGGUGGAGCUGGAGGUGGCGGUGGAAUCGGUGGCAUUGGAGGUGGAGUUGGUGGUGGUGCCGGUAAAGGUGGGGGCAUUGGCGGAGCGGCCGGCGGAGCAGCUGGAGGAGCUGGUGGAGGCGGCGGAGCUGGAGGUGGUGGCGGAAUUGGUGGUAUCGGAGGAGGCGCUGGCGGUGGUGCUGGAGCUGGUGGUGGUGUUGGCGGUGCAGGAGGGGCCGCUGGAGGAGGAGCGGGUGGUGGUGCAGGAGGAGGUGGCGGUGCUGGUGGAGCUGGAGCAGGAGGUGGUGCUGGUGCCGGUGGAGGAAUAGGAGGAGCUGGUGGUAUUGGAGGAGCUGCAGGUGGCGGGGGAGGUUUUGGAGGUGGUGUUGGUGGUAUAGGUGGCGGUUUUGGCAAAGGUGGCGGUAUAGGUGGUGGUGCUGGUGGAAUAGGUGGUGGUGCUGGUGGAGGCGGAGGCGGAGGUGGUAGUAUUGGUGGUGUAGGUGGUGGUUUCGGUAAAGGUGGUGGUAUCGGUGUUGGUGCUGGUGGAAUAGGGGGUGGUGCCGGUGGAGGAGGUGGCGGUAGUAUUGGCGGUGUAGGUGGUGGUUUUGGUAAAGGUGGUGGUAUUGGUGUAGGUGCUGGUGGAAUAGGGGGUGGUGCUGGCGGAGGCGGAGGUGGAGGCGGUAGUAUAGGCGGCGUUGGUGGUGGAUUUGGCAAAGGCGGUGGGAUUGGAGGAGGAAUUGGGGGUGUUGGUACUGGAGGAGGAGGUGGCGGUGGAGGCGGAAUCGGCGGUGUUGGUGGAGGCAAAGGUGGUGGAUUCGGUGGCGGAAUCGGUGGACUCGCUCGGUGAUAUAAUCCGAUUCAAUAAAUUUCAUCAGAAAAAGAAGAUUUUGAGCAUUUAUUUUAUGCAAUGAUCCUUAGAUUUUGUCAAUUAAAUUCGAUCACGUGUAUUCAAACUUUGAAAGCGUGAAAAAUGAUUUUUUCCCAUUCAAUUUAUUUCUGAGCUUGAGAUUUUAAUUAUUCCCAUUCAGCCCAUCCAUUUGUAC